AUGGAAAUUACCAAAGAGAAAUAUAAUCCCCAUCCACGGGAGAAAGCGAAUAUUUUAUCAGUACUAUUUUUUGGGUACACAUAUGAUUUGUUUAAAAAAGGCUUUUCAAAGACGUUGGAAGUCGAGGACUUAUAUAAUCCGCUGAAAAUUGAUAGAAGCAAAGUUUUGGGAGACAAGUUACAAAGGAACUGGGAUAGACAACUAGAAAAAGCCAAAAGAACAAACUCAGAACCAAGCUUAAUUAAAGCCAUUGUUCAGACAUUUUGGGUGGACUACUUAAUACUAGCAAUCUACGGCUUAAUAACAGAUGUAGUGCUUAGAUUCGUACAACCUUUGAUGCUCGGAAACCUAUUGGAUUAUUUCAAACCUGAGUCAGAGGUUACGAAAAAUGAGGCACUUAUAUAUGCAGGUCUCAUAGUCGGCAUAAAUGUCUUGAACUUUUUAGUCUUAAAUCAAUAUAAUCUAGGAUCUUACCACGGUGGCAUGAGGAUAAGGGCAGCUUGUUGUGCUGUUAUAUACAGAAAGGCACUGAAGUUGAGCAAGACAUCCUUAGGAGAAACGGCUUCUGGAAAACUGGUCAACCUUUUAUCCAACGAUGUCAGUAGAUUUGACCUUGUCAGUUUACUUAUUCAUCAACUGUGGCUUGGACCACUAUUGUCAAUUAUAGUAAUGGGUUUAUUGUACCAAAAAACUGGAUAUGCGGGAUUGGUGGGGAUUUUUUCAAUGUUUGUGAUAGUUCCUAUUCAAACCUACACCGGAAAAUUAUCUGCAAAAUACAGAAAACAGACAGCUUCAAAGACAGACGAAAGAGUCAGACUAAUGGACGAAAUCAUCUCAGGAAUUCAAGUAAUGAAAAUGUACGCAUGGGAAAUACCCUUCAGGAAGAUCAUAAGAAUUGCUAGAAAGAAUGAAAUAAAAAUCAUUACAAAAUCCGCGUAUGUGAGAGCUGCAUUUAUGGCAUUAAACUUGUUCACCACUAGAUUGGCAAUGUUCUGUACUUUGCUCACUGUAGUUUUGUUGAAAGGACCAAUAACCACCUCAACUGUCUUCGUUGUAAUGUCGUACUUCAACGUUCUCUCAAUCGCUAUGUUAUUAAUGUUCACCAGAGGAGUAUCUGAAAUAGCUGAAGGUUUGGUCGCUAUUAGAAGAAUCAAAGGUUUUCUUCUUAGCGAAGAAUACGAUCCUAACAAAACAAAUCUGCUUAUGCACGGUAACGUGAAAAGUGUCGACGACUUUAACGAUAUCGUAAGUUUAAAAAAUUUGACUGUAAAAUGGAAUGUCAGCUUCAGCGACAAUGCUCUUGUGAAUAUACAUUUAAAUAUUCUUGCUGGACAGUUAGUUGGAAUUAUUGGACCUGUUGGUAGCGGGAAGAGUUCUUUAUUGCAAACAUUACUAGGUGAGCUUGACAUUACCCAAGGUGAAAUGCGAGUUCAAGGUCAAAUAUCGUAUGCUUCCCAGGAGCCGUGGGUAUUUGCAGCCACUGUUCGUCAAAAUAUUCUUUUUGGCCAAGAGUAUGAUAAAGAGAGAUACAAUAACGUUAUCAAAGCUUGCUCUUUAGAGAAAGAUUUUGAACAGUUUCCGAACGGCGAUUUAACUCUUGUAGGCGAUAGAGGAUCAUCUUUGAGUGGCGGCCAAAAGGCUAGAAUAAAUUUAGCAAGAGCUGUGUAUAGAGAAGCCGAUGUCUAUCUCUUGGAUGAUCCGUUAUCCGCUGUAGACAUACAUGUUUCCAAACAUCUAUACGAAAAGUGCAUUAACGGAUAUUUGGCCAGCAGAACGAGAAUUUUAGUUACCCACCAAGUACACUAUUUGAAGGAUGCUGACAACAUUAUUAUUUUAAACAAUGGACGUGUAGAGCAAGAAGGAACAUUUAAUAAUUUGGCAAACAGCGACAAUGUCUAUGCAAAACUCUUGACUGCGGAGCCAGAAAAUGAAGACAAAAAACAAGAUAGAUCAAAAUAUCCCAGACAACUAUCACAACGUAGUCGACAAAGUUCGAUGUCAAGUGUAGUAAGUGAAUUAAGUACAGCGGACACACUUAUGUCAAAUGAAAAUGACUUUGAAGAGGAGGCAGCUGAAAAAGAAUUAGAGGUUCAAGUCAAAGACCUUCAAGAACAAUCUUCAAAAGGAAAAGUGGGUGGUUCAUUGUUGUUAAAAUACAUAUUGGCAGGUUCUAAUGUAUUGGCUGUUUUGAUAUUAGUUAUAUUAUUUUUAGGAACACAGCUAGCUGCGAGUGGGGUGGAUUACUGGGUAAGCUAUUGGGUAAAUGUAGAGGAAAUCAGGAACUCCACCGAAUCUUUUAAUUCUACUACAUCCAAGUUCAUUAUCCCGUCCAUUGAAUUGACAACAAAUAAUUGUCUUUACAUAUAUGCAGUUCUGUUAGGAAGUCUUUUUGUUCUUGCUAUGAGCAGAUCUUUCUUCUUUUAUAAACUAGCUAUGUUAAGUUCCCAAAAGCUGCAUUCCACAUUUUUCAAUAAUAUAAUUGGUGCUACAAUGAGGUUUUUUGAUACCAAUCCCGGAGGAAGAAUUAUUAACAGAUUUUCUAAGGAUAUAGGUGCUGUCGAUGAAUUGUUACCCAAAGCAAUUUUGGAUUCCUCACAGGUUCUUCUAUCAAUGGCUGGAUCUCUCGUACUGAUUGUUAUAGUAAAUCCUUUCUUUUUAAUUCUCAUUGGAGCAUUGAGUGUAGUAUUCGGUUUAAUUCGGCAUAUCUACUUAAAAUCUUCGAAGAAUAUUAAGAGGUUAGAAGGAAUAAUGAGAAGUCCGGUUUUUACACAUUUGAGAGCUACCAUUGAAGGUUUGACAACUAUAAGAGCUUUUGGAGCGCAAAGUAUUCUUACGGACGAGUUUGAUCACCACCAAGAUUAUCAUUCUGGUGCAUGGUAUAUGUUUAUAGUUUCCAGUGCAGCGUUUGGAUUUUAUCUGGAUUUUUUCUGUACCGUAUUUUUGGCAGUACUUACUUUUAGUUUAUUGCUAUUCGGAGAAACCUUCAACUUAAAGGGUGGUGAAGUCGGUCUGGCCAUUACCCAAGCCACAGCACUAGCAAUCUACUUACAAUGGGGCAUGCGCCAAUCUGCAGAGGUAAUCAAUCAACUUACAAGUGUGGAAAGAGUGCUAGAGUACGAAAGUUUAGAACAAGAACCACAACCAAUCAUACCCCAGAAACCAGCUAAGGAGUGGCCACAGAAGGGAGAAAUUACUUUUGAAGAUACUUGCUUAAGAUACUUCGCUGGUGGACCAUUGGUUUUGAAACAUCUUAAUCUAAGCAUUCAACCUAAGGAAAAGGUUGGAGUUGUUGGCCGAACCGGUGCAGGAAAAUCCUCUUUAAUUCAAGCACUCUUUAGGCUAGCUCCUAUCGAAGGCACUAUUAAAAUUGAUAACAUGGACACUAAAGAUAUUAUGCUCAACAAUCUCCGUUCGAAAAUCUCUAUAAUUCCCCAGGAUCCAGUGCUAUUUUCAGGAACUUUAAGAUACAACUUGGACCCGUUCGAAGAAUAUUCAGACGAAGUUUUAUAUAAAGCUAUAGAAGAUGUAGAGUUAAGAGAUCCUAAUAAUGUUAUUAAUCGAUUGGAAAAUAGAGUCAUGGAUAGAGGUUCAAAUUACAGUGUUGGACAAAGACAGUUAAUUUGCUUGGCGAGAGCAAUUCUUAAAAAUAAUAGAGUUCUUAUGCUGGAUGAAGCUACGGCUAAUGUGGAUCCGCAAACUGACGCUUUAAUCCAGAAAACUAUCCGAAAGAAGUUCUCAGAUUGCACGGUGAUAACUGUAGCCCACAGGUUAAACACUAUCAUGGACUCUGAUAAAGUACUAGUUAUGGAUGCUGGACAAAUAUCUGAGUUUGAUCAUCCUCAUUUACUGCUUCAAAAGAAAAACGGAGUAUUUUACAAUAUGGUUGCCGAAACCGGUAGAGCAACUGCUGAACAGCUCAGGAAAAUUGCUUCAGAUAGUUAUCAAAAACUAAAUGCAUUACCAGAGUAA